CUCACUGACAGACGGAGAGAACACUCCUCGUUCAACAUCCUCGUUCUUAGCUGCAGUCUGUCUGUAGGCUUGCUAUGGCCCUCUGCUGUGAAAUUCUUCUCGUCCCUUCCAAAAUGCUGGAGAACUCUCUUCCUAAAUGUAAAAAGACUCCAUGGACAAGAGCUAGACGAUGGGUGUGCUUUUUGAUGCUAUUCCUCGUGAUGGGAACUUCAGCGUUAAUUUUCUACAAUUCAAGCCCCCAGGUAUCAUGGCCUUUGAAUGUGUGGACGAUAAAGUUAUUGCCAAACCAAUCACACAACAAUGUGACUCCUUCAGUUAGCAGUAUCCCCCCAGCUGACCUUUCCCAAUCUGAGUACUUCGUGCCAUAUCCACACCAGUACCAUUUCAUACUGGAUGAACCCAACAAAUGUCAGCAGGAGAGUCCAUUCUUGGUUCUAAUGAUCCCAGUUGCACCCCACAACAGAGAGGCCCGUGACAUAAUCCGCAGCACGUGGGGCAAAGAAAUCAGAGUGCUGGGUCAAGUGAUUAGCCAUUACUUCCUGCUUGGACUGUCCAAAGAGGAGCAUGAGAAAAAGCCCCUAGAGGAGGAAAUAUUAAAAGAAAGCCAGAGGCAUCAUGAUAUUCUCCAAAGUGACUUCUUGGACAGCUACAGAAACCUCACCAUUAAAACCAUGGUAAUGUUUGAAUGGCUCAGCUCCCAUUGUCCGAACACCUCCUACGCCAUGAAGGUCGACUCGGACAUGUUCCUUAAUAUCCACAACCUCGUUAACAUGCUUUUGAAAGCACCCCGACAUCUCUACAUGACAGGACAGGUGUUAAGGGGUGUUUAUGUUCUUAGAGACAGUACCUCAAAGUGGUUCCUGCCUGUUUCUGCCUUCCCUGAGUCUACGUACCCAUCAUAUGCUCUGGGAAUGGGCUAUGUGUUCUCACUGGAUUUACCCAAGAAGAUUGUGGAGGCGUCUGCACAUGUUAAAGCUGUUUACAUUGAAGAUGUGUACGUGGGACUAUGUAUGAGACAUUUGGGUCUCUCACUGACAGAUCCUCCUCAUGGUUUGUUUAUUGCAACAAUACCUUUUUUUCGCGGCAGCUGCUACUGGACUUCUGUCAUUACAACAUUACUAGAGAACUCUAACCAGCUUGCAAAUGUAUGGAUAACAUAUCAAACUCAAACACAAAGUGGCUGUUAAACACGUAUGCUUGUGCCUUACAAAAAUUGUGACUGCUUAGCCCUGUUGGGCAGGAGUCUACAGCAGUUACAAGGCAACAUCAAAAGUGGCUGCCUUGAUGAUGUUUCUUAUCUCUGAAGUCCAGUCAGGUUUUUUGAUACUAAAACAGAGAUUGUGACAGAUAAGCAUUUUGAGGCUGAGUUAAAUGUUUUCAUAUUUAAGAUAGCACAAAUGAUUAUAAGGAUAUAAUAAUUGAAUAGAUUGUUUAAAUUAUUUUGUAUAUUUUAAAGAUUUUACAAUGGAGAGCUGUUUUUAAAAUUGCUCCUGUGGCCAUGCAGCUUACAUGCUUAGCACACAGAAUGCAGCAAAAUAAGGAAGAUAGCUCAUUUAGUACUUUAAUAGUAGUAGUACUACUCUAGUAGUUUAGUUACCAUACUGUAAAACUCAAGAGGUUAAAGUGAUGAUCUGUGUACAGGGAUAUGAUAAACAUGAACAUGAAUAACUUGUACCACAGGGUCCACACAAAGCAAAGAACCCACAUAGUUCAGAAAUUUGUGCUGCAAGAUAGUAGAUGUAGUUCCUACAGCCCUGUACUCAUCUGUACUACAACUACACUCUACUAGGCCUACUGUCAUUCAGUGGACUAUGAUAGUAGCCUGACAAUUUAUUUUUGUAUGCUAUCCAGUUGUAGUAACCGUAAUAGUCACCAGCAAAAUAUUUUUUGUCAUAAAAGUGGCAGCACCCUCAGUUGUGAGCACUAGAACAUGCUAGCAUCACUGAACAUGAUGUGGGCAAGCAUAAUGUCAUUAUUUCGAAGCUUUCGACAUGUGGUGUGCAAUAAAGCUUUGGUUGCAAAAGUA